UUGUAGUCCUAUGUAGAUGAACCGGCUACUACUCCAGUCAGACCAGCACAGACACAGGCCACAGACGGUCCGCCACACUUCCUGUCUUUCACCAGGCUGAGAACACACACCGACAUGGCCGCUCCCGGUCAGUUCAUGUAUUUCGCCUUCGGGAGCAACUUGCUGAGGCAGAGGAUUCAGCUCAAGAACCCGUCCGCCAUGUUCUGCUCCACCGCCAGACUCAAGGACUACAAGUUGAACUUUGGCCUGUGGAAGGAACACGUGGACAACAAAUGGCACGGCGGCGUGGCCACCAUCGAGUCCUGUCCAGGCGCAGAUGUGUGGGGGGUGAUCUGGGCUAUGAGCGAUGAAAACCUCACGAGUCUCGACAAACAGGAAGGAGUGAGCAAGGGGAUAUACUCACCACUCAACGUUACCGUGGAGACAGACAAAGGGCAGAUAUUCUGCAGGACGUACCAGAUGAACAAUUUCCACGCCUGCCCCCCCUCUCCUCAGUACAAACAGGUGGUGUGUCAGGGUGCAGAGCAGAACGGCCUCCCAGAGCAGUACAGGAAGAGCCUGGAGUGGAUUCAAACCAACAACUACAUUGGCCCCUCGGUCCUCGAUGAAAUCAGAACAGCUGCGGGAGAAUCUUUUUAAAAGUUUGCUCUUGAACUUGGGGGGGGGGGGG